AUGUUCACUGAGCAAAAACGCAGAAUCUGCAUGCCGCCAGUCCUCUUUUGUUUUCUCCUGGGAAGUCUGUGGGAGACCAGUGCUGCUCAGAUCCGCUAUUCAAUUCCCGAAGAGAUGGAGAAGGGCUCUUUUGUGGGCAACAUCGCCAGUGACCUGGGGCUGGAGGUGAGGGUGUUGUCGCAGCUUGGGGCUAGAAUCGUCUCCAGAGGUAAGAAGCAGCAUUUCGCUCUCAAUGUCAGAAACGGCAGCUUAGUCAUUGGAGAAAGAAUAGACAGGGAAGAACUAUGCGCACAGAGCACCCAGUGCCUGCUGAAUUUUAAUGUUCUGAUCGAGGAUAAAUUGAAAAUUUAUUCAGUAGAGGUGGAAAUAAUCGACAUUAAUGACAACCCCCCUCACUUUUUACUAGAGGAGCUAGAACUAAAAAUCAGUGAAACUACAGCUCCGGGAACACAGCAUCUACUGGAAAAUGCUUAUGACCCGGAUGUGGGAUUGAAUUCCCUCCAGGGCUACGAGUUGAGCCCCAACCGUCACUUCUCCCUGCAAGUACAUAGUAGAGCUAAAGGAGUUAAGUACCCAGAACUGGUACUGGAGAGGGCUCUGGACAGGGAGGACGAAUCUAUUCACCACCUCAUGCUCACAGCAUGGGAUGGAGGAGAACCGAUACGCUCUGGCACUGCUCGAAUCCUCGUGACUGUCCUGGAUGGAAAUGACAACGCACCAGUAUUUACUCAACCAAUUUAUACCGUGAAUGUUCCUGAGAAUGUACUCCAGGGGACAACACUGCUCACAGUAAAUGCCACGGAUGCAGAUGAAGGAAUCAAUUCUCAAGUGAGAUAUUUUCUAGUGAAAAUACCUGGAAAGACCUCACAAAUAUUUCAACUGAAUUCUGUAACUGGAGAACUUCUAACCUUACAAAAUCUGGACUAUGAAGAAGCAGAAUUCCAUGAAAUGGAAGUGGAGGCCCAAGAUGGACUUGGCCUCAGGAGCAGAGCUAAAAUUCAUGUCACUGUUGUAGACAUGAAUGAC